AUGUCAUCUUCACUCAGCCAAACUUCGAAAUAUCAGGCCACAUCUGUUGUUAAUGGGCUGCUAUCAAAUCUUUUACCUGGCGUUCCUAAAAUCAGAGCUAAUAAUGGCAAAGCCAGCGUAAACAAUGGGUCGAAGGCUCAGUUAAUCGAUAGAAAUUUGAAAAAGAGGGUACAGUUACAAAAUAGAGAUGUUCACAAAAUCAAAAGAAGAUGUAAGUUAGCUAAAAAAAAACAGGUCAAGAAACACAAAUACGAUAAGGAGCAACUUGAACAGCUGGCGAAGUAUCAGGUUUUGAAAAAACAUCAACAAGAGGGCACUUUAACUGAACAUGAGAGGAAGUAUUUGAACAAGUUGAUUAAAAGAAACUCUCAAAAUUUAAGGUCGUGGGAUUUAGAGGAGGAAGUACGAGAUGAGCUUGACGACAUCCAGCAAUACAUCUUGAAACAAACAGUUUCCACCGCGAACGCGGACAGGAGUAAAAGAAGGAGAUUCAAGAGAAAACAAUUUAAAGAAGAUAUCAAAGAGAGCGAUUCUGUUAAAGAUCAUAGGUAUCCUGGUCUGACCCCGGGUUUAGCACCUGUAGGACUAAGUGACGAGGAAGAUUCUAGCGAAGAAGAUUAA